UGUUCCGGAGCUGUGAAAGCCACAGACGAGCAAACGUAAAGCCUGUUGAAGAGAAUUCGGUUCUGACCGACGGGCCACUGCUAAUAUCAGCCAAGCUAUGUCCACUUUUAGUGAUUCAGGCUUCGAAGAGGACCUCCAGAGCCCUUCUCCAUCUAAACUGUUCACAGCGCCGCGGACGGGAGAGCUGAAUGAAAGACUGACAGCUGAGUGCCAUGAGAUGAACUACGACGAGAGCUGCUUCAUAAUUCAGAGAAACAACGAGAAGAAAUUCCUUGCUGUUAAUUGUUUGGCUUGUCAACCACAGAUUACGGCUGAAGCUCGCUGCAAGCUGGUGAGCUGGCUCAUAGCUGUCUGUAAACACUUCAGCCUCUCCUUUGAAUCCUGUUGCUUGGCUGUGAACAUCAUGGACCGUUUUUUGGUCACCACGUCUGUGGCUGCGGACUGCUUCCAGCUGCUGGGUGUCACGUCCUUACUGGUCGCCACGAAACAUGUUGAGGUGUGUUCGCCUCGCAUCAAGCACCUGCUCUCACUCUGCUGCAACUCCUUCUCCAGAGAGCAGCUCUGCAACCUUGAAUGUCUUAUUCUUGUCAGACUCAACUUUCGCCUGGCUGCACCAACCCUCGCUUUUUUCCUCGACUACUUCAUCAAUCGGGAGUUAUCCUGGCACAGAGUUAGUGAAGAAGAUGCUAAGAUCAUCAGAGUGCAUGAGGGCAAAAAGUGCAAGGGCUGGAAACCAACUGAGGACCAGCUCUCCACCAUGAAGAAGUAUAAAUUCUUUGCCCGCAAGGUCUGCGAGCUGAGUCUUGCAGACUAUGCUUUCAACAAGUAUCAACCCUCUGUGAUUGUGCAGAGCGCAAUAAAUCUGACAAAGGACCUCUUCAGAAGACAGUUUAAACAGUCCUCCCUCGAACACUCCAGCUUCUCAGAGAUCUUAGACUUGCUCAGCAUUGGAGACCACAGGUCAUCAGACUCAGACACUCAGUCUUUAGUUCAACAGUGCACAGAAGAGUUGAGGUUGUUGGUGUCACUCAAUCAAGAAUCAAUUCAGGACUUACUAGCAAUGGUGUAAAGGCUGCUUUAUAGUGCUUGUAACAUUUGAAGGACAUUUCUGUUUCAUGUUAAAUAUGCAUGAAACAUCAGUUAUUGCACCUAUGAAGCAUCAGUUAUUGCCACUGCACACAUACAAGCCGUGUAGUAUCACCUUGCUGGUGUACAGGUAGAGGCUGUAUCUGUUGAUGCACAGUUUGUAUUAGCCAUCCUCUUCAUCAUUUGUCAGUGUAUGACCAUAGAGCCACUCUUGGCCUAUGUUUCUAGGUGGAGGUCCACUCUAUGCAACCUAGCAUACAGUCCCUGACAGAAGUUCUGUCGCUUAUCCAUGUUGUAGAAACAA